AUGUACAGCUUUAUGGGAGGUGGAUUAUUCUGUGCUGGAGUAGGCAACAUACUCCUGGUGGUCUCCACAGCCACUGACUACUGGAUGCAGUAUCGCCAGUCAAGCGGUUUCAUGCACCAGGGCCUGUGGCGCUACUGUAUGCCUGGAAAAUGCAUGACACACACAGACAGCAUUGCUUACUGGGACGCCACCCGUGCCUUCAUGAUCCUGGCCAUCUUGGCCUGCUUCUUUGGCCUAAUCAUAGGUGUCAUGGCUUUCAUCAAUUACUCCUCGUUUGGCGGAUUUGACAAAACAUUCGCUGCUGGAAUUCUGUAUUUCAUUUCAUGCUUCUUCGUGCUGCUGGCCAUGGCUGUAUACACCGGGGUGACUGUGAACUACUACGGGAAACGAUAUGGAAGCUGGAGGUUCUCCUGGUCUUAUAUAAUGGGUUGGGUCUCGGUGGUGCUCACCUUUUUUUCAGGUAUAUUCUACAUGUGCGCUUACCGUAUGCAUGGACCCAGAGGCCCCAUGUCCCGCUGA